GGGGAAUUUUGGUUGUCUUGGUUGGUAUCAUGAUUGUGAAUAUCGUCGACCUCGACCAAUCCACAUACAUUGGAGACAAACGUGUGUUCGGAUUUCCAUAACGUUGAAGAAUGAAGUGUCUCUAAUUUAGUAAUUGACCGUUACGUCACUUGGCGCCAAUGUUUUAACGUUACGAUAACCGCCGUUGUGGAUACAUCUAGACUUCUCAUUCUUUGUUCUCAACACUUUAUACAGUUGUUCCUGAGCACACACUCACUUCGUUUCUUUGUUCUUAUCCAUGGCUACCAAUGUUCAAUCUUACAAAACACAAUUUCACUUUCUCUAUUGCUCCACUGCCAAUUUCAAUCUACCAAGAUUUCCCUUCAUUCGAAACCCUAAUGUCAUCUCCCCCUUUUCUCUGAAGCUCAGGUUUUCAAUUCCGAAUACUAGAAGUCGAAAUGGAUUAUGCUCGCUUGUUUACGCCACCAAAUCAAACACCGAUAUGGAAACCGGUUUGUUGCGUGAAGAGAUUGAACGGCCUCCAUUUGAUAUUAAUCGUGCAGUCAUUCUCGCUGGGUUUGCGUUUGAAGCUUAUACAACUCCUACAGAAAAUAUUGGAAAGAGCGAGGUGGAUGCAGCUGGUUGUCAGACUGUGAUUCUUUCAGAGUCAUUUCUUCGUGAGAUUUAUGAUGGCCAGGUGUUUAUAAAGCUUAAGAAAGGUUAUGAUUUUCCUGCCAUGGAUCCAUGGGGAACAAGUGAUCCUUAUGUGGUUUUGCAAUUGGAUAGUCAGAUUGUGAAAAGCAAUGUUAAAUGGGGGACAAAGGAACCAACUUGGAAUGAAGAUCUCACAUUAUACAUCAAGCAUCCGCCAACCAUCGAUCUUCAGGUUGCAGCUUGGGAUGCUAAUCUUGUGACCCCCCAUAAACGUAUGGGCAAUUCCAUAGUCAGCUUGGAGUCCAUAUGUGAUGGAAAUUCACAUGAGGUGGUAGUUGAAUUGGAGGGAAUGGGAGGUGGUGGAAAGGUACAACUAGAGGUUAAAUAUAAGAGCUUUGAGACAAUUGAGGAAGAAAAGAAUUGGUUAAGGAUACCCUUUGUAGCAGAAUUUCUUCGAAACAACGGUUUUGAAUCUACUUUGAGAAAAGUUAUUGGCUCAGAACCUGUACAAGCAAGCCAAUUUGUUGAAUAUGCAUUUGGUCAAUUAAAGUCUAUAAAUGAUGCAUACAUUCAAAGGGAUAAUAGCAAUGUUUCUAAUGCACAAGAUUCCACAAUAUCUACAGACAUAGAUUCUCUAGAAUCUGAAAGCAACCGAAAAGAUUUGAAUUCUCUAGAAUCUGAAAGCAACCAAAAAGAUUUGAAUUCUGUAGAAUCUGAAAGCAACCAAAAAGAUGUAAUGAUAUCUGACAAAAACGCCUCACAAUCUGACAAAGAUUUUUGGAAGACUUUUGGUGAUACGAUUAGUGAGAAUGUAGUUAAGCAACUUGGUCUUCCAGCUCCUGACAAGAUUAAAUGGGAAGGGUUUGAUUUUUUAAGCAAAAUUGGACUUGAGUCACAGAGUGCUGCGGAAGCAGGUUAUAUAGAAGCUGGGCUUGCAACUCCAAGCAGUAGUCAGGAUUCUGUUAAUAAUGAUGAAAAGAGUAAUAAUAAUAAUAAUAGUUCAGCUAUUACAGCUAUUCAGUCAGCAUUUCCUGAUAUAAAGAAGGCAACACAAGAGUUAUUAAAACAAACUGAUUCCAUCUUGGGAGCUUUAAUGGUUCUGAAUGCUACAGUUACCGAGUUAACAAAAGAUGAUUCCAAAAAGGAGGAUUUUGAUAAACCGGUUUUGGAUGAAAAGAAAGCUGAGGAAAUGAGAGCUUUGUUUUCAACAGCUGAGAGUGCAAUGGAGGCUUGGGCAAUGUUGGCCACUUCAUUGGGUCACUCAAGUUUUAUAAAAUCAGAGUUUCAGAAGAUAUGUUUCUUGGAUAAUCCUGUUACAGAUACACAGGUGGCAAUUUGGCGUGAUUCAGCACGCAAAAGAUUAGUUGUUGCCUUUAGGGGAACAGAGCAAGUUAGAUGGAAGGAUUUGCGAACUGAUUUAAUGAUGGUUCCUGCAGGGCUAAAUCCAGAGAGAAUAGGUGGUGACUUUAAGGAAGAAGUUCAGGUUCACUCUGGAUUUUUAAGUGCCUACGACUCGGUCAGAACAAGAAUUCUCUCUCUUAUCAAAACAGCUAUUGGCUACCAGGAUGAAGAUGAAGAUGAUGGUGGUGAUGAGGUGUCCAAAUGGCAUGUUUAUGUAACUGGUCAUAGUUUAGGUGGUGCAUUAGCAACUUUGCUUGCUCUCGAACUAUCCUCCAGUCAAUUAGCAAAGCGAGGGGCUGUUGAUGUAACUAUGUAUAACUUUGGAUCUCCAAGAGUUGGUAACAAAAAGUUUGCUCAAAUUUAUAAUGAGAAAGUUAAAGACAGCUGGAGAGUUGUGAAUCACAGAGAUAUUAUUCCUUCUGUUCCUCGUUUGAUGGGUUAUUGCCAUGUAGCUCAACCUAUAUAUCUAGCUGCUGGAGAUGUAGAAAAUGCCUUGGAAAGCAUGGAGCUUUUGGGAGAUGGUUAUGAAGGUGAUGUUAUUGGGGAAUCCACCCCUGAUGUUCUUGUCACUGAAUUUAUGAAAGGCGAAAAGGAACUGAUUGAAAAACUAUUGAACACGGAAAUAAACAUUUUUCGUUCAAUAAGAGAUGGGACUGCCCUUAUGCAGCAUAUGGAAGAUUUUUAUUAUGUUUCUCUGCUUGAGAAUGUCAGAUUGAAUUACCGAACAAAUACAAAAUCUGUUGAUGGGGGUAGUUCAUCAGUCAAACAAGUAUAGUAAACGAAAGAUUGUUAUGAUGGAAAACUAAAAAUGCUUGUACAUGAUUUUAUCAAACUUUGAGUUUGAUUUUAGUGUUGUAAAUUUCUUUGGAGAUA